AUGAAUGUAUUUACAAUGACAUCAACAAAAGCACCGAAAGAUAAACCUUAUGUGACUUCUCGCUUGGCCCCAAGACCUACAGCCGCAUCAGUGGCUCGCGCUGCCCGCAAUGCUGCCAACCGAAGCCUUGCUCUCACCAACCAACGACAGUCACCUGUCCGCUCUCCGCCGUCACCUACAACAUCAAAGGUGAGAACUGCGGUUUCACGAAAUGCUCAAAAAGUUGAUUCGAAAACAGAAGUCAAAAUAAAUAGAAGUUUCGAAAAUGAACAACCUGUAUUAGACAUAUCUACAAAACAAGAAACUCAAUUAUGUUACACAUCACCAGGAGAUUUAUAUAAUACCCUGAAUGAAUCAAAAGAACAAAUGGCAUUCAGCAGUAGCGCUGGUGAUACGCAAAAUAGUCAGGAAAUUGCUAACUUUGAUUCAAAUAACUUGGACAAUAUGCCGGAAUACGAAUCUGAAGUUAAAAGUGAACUCACGAAACUCCCACAAACUCCUACUGUGAGUCGACCACAAACUCCGAAAUUUAUCUCCAGUCGACCACAAACGCCGCGACCGCUAAGUCGGCCAAGUACGCCAGCACAUCCUUUGCAGCGACAUAGUACCCCUAUCAGUCGUCCUAAUACACCACAGCGAAAUCACACAUCCAAUACAUCUAACUUAUCUAACACGCCUCUAACACGACCAAAAACACCAUCUACACCCAUAAGUCCUAAGCCAGUAAUGUCUGUGCCGUCUCAUGAUGCGCCUCAAUCCACAAAAAACAACGAGGACUUAAAAUCAUUAUAUUUGAACAAACAAAAAGAAUUUCAUCAUUUAAAGAGAGAAUUAGAUCUGCAACAGCAAGAAAUUUUAAAACUUUUCGAUGGUAUUCGAAAUUUACGGGAACACAUGAUGCGAGAGGGCAUUUCAGUUUGUAACGAAGAAAUUCAAGAAUUACUGGUAUUGAAUGUGGCUGACUGGGCUCCGGAAGAAGUAACCCAGUUGUGUCGUGAUGCUGUUUCUUUCUCUAAUACAGAUGGCGCAGUAGAACUUUUUAAUAAAACUGUCCCGCUUGAUGAAUGUACACUGGCAGAAAUGGAGUCGAAAGCAUUAAAAGUUCCAGUACAAUUUGCUGAAUUAUGUCUCCAAGCUUUUACAGCUCGGCAAGAUUUAAUAAAUUGGGUUAAGGAUUUAAUCGAAAAGAACGAAAUUGUUGCUACUGAUGCAGUAGAAAGAAUUGCUAAUUACAAUACACAGGGUCUCGAACUCUAUGAAGUCUUACGUGACCUUAAAACACGGGCAGAUGAUGCUGUUGAUACUAUUAUUGCACUUUCCAGACGAGCUUGUGAAGAAAGAUCAACAUUAAUCGCUGUUGGAGAGUCACUUGUAAGAGAGGUAGCACGAUUGCGGCAAGAUUUAGAGACCCGUCCUACAAUGACUAACGAAAUAUGUAAGAUACAAGCUGAUGCUGACAUUUCUAAGGAACUGGAGCAAACUCGCCAAUUAUUAGAAGAAGAACGCGUGGCGAAAUCUGCAAUGAAAGACAAACUUACAUCAACAGAAACACAAUUGAGGCAGACACGCCUACGUGUUUCUAAAAUGGAUCGUCAACUACGAGAGGCAGAAGCAAGUAUAGCAAGCCUUACAGGCACUGUUAAAACUUUAGAGGACCAGAGCCGACAACGUGAAGUACAGCUAGAAGCAAGAGCGAGAAAGUUAAAAGAAUCUUUAAAAACAGGAGAAGUGACCAGUUCUCAAUUAGCACAACAGCGAGAUUCCCUUAAAAAUGAGGUUAAAAAUUUGAAAGAGCAAAUUCAGACAUUAACUGAUAAACAUAAGUCAGAGGAACAGACAAUGAAUAAUAAAUUGAAUGAUUUGAUGUCUGCUCUUGACGAAGAGAAAAAAUUGACGCAAGCGGAAAUUGAACAAAAACACCAGCUCGAAGUCGCAAUAAAAGAGAAUCAGAAUACUAUAGAGAAACUUAAGGCAAAAUGUACUGGUUUAGAAGGCAACAGGCUAAAUCCGGACUUACCUACCGAACGAGAAAUGGAUAUGUGGGCUGAACUACAAGCUACAAAAGACACUUUGCGAUUAACUGAAGAGGAAAUGAACGCAUGUAAACGAGAGAAAGUUCGCUUUUUGGAAACUCUUACGAAAAUCGCGGAGUCGGAUGAUAAAGUAGGGAUACAGCAGAAACUAGCAGCAGAACUACUAACUAAAGAAGAAAUAUUAGGAAAAAACCAAUUGCAAAUAAGAGAAUUAACAAAAAUGAACAAACUUAACGAACAAAAAAUCAUUCAAUAUGAAGAAUAUUUUCGUGAAUUACAAAUACACAACAGUACUGAGGAGAAUAGUGAGGACGCGAUAAAUAAUUCGAGUUAUCAAUAUCUGCAACAAGAGAUUAUGAAUCUUAAAAUGAGUCUUCUAGACGCACUUCAUAGUAAAGAAGAAUUAGCAGAAUCUUUAGCAGAAAAAGAACAGCAACUAGAACACCAGAAUAAAACAUCACGAGCACAGGCAAAAGUUAUAAAGGUACGAGAAGAAUUGAUUAAUAUGCUUAAUAAUAAGGAAACAGAACAAAGUAGGAAGCUUGCUACAUUGCAACAAGAUCUCGAACAUCGGAUGAAGAUCGUAGAUGAAGUGAACAAACAAAUAGGUGCAAAAGCCGAUGAAAUCCAAGAGCUGUUCACGACACUGGAAAACAAACAACAACAAAUACACAGACUCGAGAAAAUUGUAUUUGCUUUAGAAGAGCAGCAAACGCGGUCACAGGCACAGCGUACUCGUCAAGAAGAGAAGAUCGCUGCUCUAGAACAUGAAUUGGCGGCUGGAAACCGACGAGAAAGAAAAUUUUUAUUUUUC